UCUUUGCUGGUUAAUAACAGUUCGCAAACAGCCAUACAGUUAAUUAUUAAGACCAGCAGUUCAGUAGUCUUUAAUUUCUCACACAACAAUAAUAAUAUGAUGUUCAACAAAUUUGCCGUAUUAGCCUUAUUGGCCGUCACUUUGCUGGCCGUUUCGGCUAUCGGACAUCCGACCGCAGAAACCGCGGCCGAAGAAACGACCGGAUCGACGGUGAAACCCGGUAUCCACGGUUGGCUGAAGAAAGUUCAAGCGAAAAUCGUCAAAUCUCACGACAACUGUACUCACGGCGGGGGCGUCAUUCAUUGGGUGAAGAACAAACUGGGGUUGGUGAAACCCACCACUACCACCGAGACACCGACGACCACCGCGGAAACCGAUUAUUCGGGUUACAUUCCGGUGACCUCGACGGUGAACGUACCCCAAGGAGAAACGGAAGAAGGAUACGGCGGCGAUGACAUCACGAUACUAGACGACACCGCGGCGGUAAUUCCCGAAAACGUUAACAGCAACGAAUCUGCCAGCGUAGACACGACAUCGUCAAUAACCGAAAACACUAGCUACCCAGAGGAUCCUUCCAUUGACGUCCGUAUGCAAUAAUUUUAAACGGACUGUCUGAUCGAUUACUGUAAUGAUUGUUUUGUAUCCGACGAACUUUGCUUGAAAAUAUUCAGAUUUGUAAUCGUCAUAUCGUAUACUUUUACAUUUUUAUACGAACAAAAAAUGUUCCACUGUAUUCUAUAAGGUAUUUUUUUUUUAAUUUUUUUUUUUUUUUUUUUAUAAUUAUUUUUUGACAAUUAUAACUAUUGACGAAUGUUUUGUACCGUGUAAACAUGUCGUUUAAGCAACUCACAAUGUUUAAGUAUAUGUGUCAGUAUAAUUUUUUACACAAAAAUAAUUAAUAUAUAUAUAUCGAUAAGUUUACGUAU